AUGACGGACCAGGAGCAAAGCUCUGUUGGAGUCCCUGCGUCGCUGUCGGAUCUGGCCACUCCUCGUGCUGGAGAAAUUCGGCUAGCUUCUCCUGAUGUCAGGGUCACACCCAAGUCUGGCGAGGCGCGCCGUGCAUCUGAUAUCCUGCGUAUGGUCGUGUGCGUGUUUGGGUUCGCCAUGCCUUGCUUCGUCGUGAGAGCAGAGCUUCUCCAGGGACCUCGAUGGACGGAUCCAUUGGACUCCUGUGCUGGCUCACCCGAAGCCACAGACGCCAUGGCAGCAGUGCUGGACUCUGAAUGUGACGGUGAUUGUGCGAGUGAGGCGCUGGAGAUUGCAUCGCCAGAGCCUGGAAAUUGCCCCGAGCUCCAGGAGACGCCGCUUCACUUCCACAGCCGUCUGGAUGGCCGAGACCACACGGGGCAAUUGAUUCGUGAGUUUGAAGCCUUGACGGCUGUGGAGGGUAGCGUUGUAAGAGCAUUGAAGCAGCGGAUGGGCCGAGAACUUGGAGUUGGCACCUUCAGGCAGACGCUUGUUUGUGAUGGCCGUGUGUUGGGUGACACCGAUGACUUGCAACUACCGAUGGAUCUGCAGCUGGUGCUCAAGUCGUGCGUGACCAGCAGUUCAGAGCUGCGUCGCAUUCAGAAUGCUGCUGCUGACAAUGACGCGGAUCGACUUGAGAGCUUCCUUUGCCAAGGCCAUGACCCCGCUGCUUGCUAUUGUCGAAUGGCGUGCUCUCGGCUUGACAAGAUUGACGAUCAGAAGCUUACUCCGCUACGAGUAGCACUUUCAACUAGGCACUUUGACGUUGCUUGCCUGCUGAUUGGUGCACGGGCGGGGAUUAAUGACGCUGCAGCUCUUCGAGAGGCUUUUGAGUCAGGGAAUCUGGAAAUUGCAAGAAGUUUGCUACAGGCAGGGCUUGACGUGGACAAGCCAGAUUCAGACGGGAGGGUACCCUUGCACUGGGUGAGUCAGCGUGGCCACACGGAGAUCUUGAAGCUGCUGCUUGGAGCUCGUGCCUGCGUCAACGCACCUGACUCCACAGCCAACACGCCGCUGAUUUGGGCGGCGGACUGGGGCAAGCUUGAGAUAGUCCAGAUGUUGAUUUUGGCCGCAGCAGACAUAGAAAAGGCCACUGCAACAGGAAUUACUGCACUCCACAAGGCCUUCUGCAACUACCGCUUGGACAUUGCGUGGAGCCUCAUAGAAGCCAGAGCCAGCUACAGCUCGCGAAGGGGUUCUCAUCAGAGACCACCAUUGCUGGUUGCGACUGAACAGGCCGAUUUGCAAGUUGCGCGUUGGCUGCUCAACGCGGGAGCUGACCCCGAUGCUGUUGAUAGCCUUUGCCGGACAGCUCUUUGCGCUGCUCUUCAGAUGCAAGUGCCAGAAAAUUUGGAAAUGGUGCAACUACUCAUAGAAAGCAAAGCAAGCGUGAACUGGAAACUGGAUGCAGAAGGCAGCAUGCCUCUGCAUUUUACGUCUCAGGCUGGGCAGCUUAACUUUGUGAGGCUCCUGCUUGAGGCCCGAGCAAUCCCCAACAUUCGGAACUGCAGAGCCGAGACACCGCUACACUUGGCAUGUAGAAAUGGCCAUCUGCAAGUUGCAGAGCAAUUGCUGGAGAAGGGGGCUGACAAAGACUUGGCCGAUGCGAAUGGCAGGACGGCACUGUUCCGAGCAGCAAAUAUCGGCCAUGAGGCAACUGUUCGGAUGCUGCUUGAGCUUCGUGCAGAUGUUGAUAAAGCUGACACCGACGGCUGGACACCACUCUAUGAGACUGCUUGUGGUGGUAGUUCGAACUGUGCCUUGCUCCUGAUUCAAGCACGGGUGGAGUUGCUGGGGCGGCGGUAUCUCGUUGUUCGCACCGAGCCUUCGAAGGAGGAUUUGCAGCAAGGCAUGAGAUCAAUUAUCCACGUGUUCGGCUUGGGCUAUCUCAAUGCCAACAAUGAUGAUGUUGUCAUCUUGGACAGACCCUGUGAGGCAUCUCGUGAAAGCAGCAGUGACAGCGGAGCGGAAGAUCAGCCGCAAGAACACAGCAAGGCGGCUGGCAAGGGGCAGGCCCAUGUUGAGGAGCCGGGCCUCUUCGUGUUGGAUGCUGCGCGCUUCCGCCAAAGGGAACUGCUUGGAAGCGGCGGCUUCGCAGAUGUUUACAGGUACGAGAAGCUGGAUUCGGAAGGCCACGCCACCGAAUCUUUCGCAGUAAAGGAGGUGGACUUGCAGAUACUGUCGUCCAGAGUAGGGGCGGACCAGGAGCGACUUGUGCGAUGGGUUGCCCGACUGGAGUUUGAGGUGCGCAACUUGAUGAAGCUGCGGGGACAUCCUGGGGUCGUGAAGGUCCAUGAUGCUUUCGCGUACCGCAGAAAAUUCUACAUCGUGAUGGAGUAUGUCAAUGGCACAGACUUGGGCAGAAGACUGAAAGGCCGUGGCCGCUUUACAGAGCUUGAAGCACGCGGCCUCUUCGCUCAGAUGGCCGAGGCGCUGCGCCACAGCCAUGCUUUGGAGGUGGUGCACCGGGAUUUCAAGCCCCACAACAUCUUAUUGGCAAGCCCUUUGCGGCCUGGACAGCCGGAUGUGGUGAAACUUGUGGACUUUGGUCUCAGCAAGGACAUCAGCGGCUGUGCAUCGGGAACGUCCACACCAUUUCUCGGAACCAAGUACUACAGGGCACCGGAGACUCGACACGCGACCCCGGGCCAAGAAAACUACGAUGCUGCCAAGGUCGAUGUUUUUGCCUUGGGGGUCACGCUGUAUGCCAUGCUGGCUGGUACUCAUCCACAAGAAGGAGAAGAAGUCACCGAGCUGACGCUGCGGGGCGCGGCCUGGCAGCGGGUGAGCUCGGAGGCCAAAGAGCUUUUGCUUGGCCUGCUCAAGCAUGAGCCAGAGCAUCGUCUCAGUCUUGACGAUGUCAUCGAGCAUCCGUGGCUUUGUGCGUUGUGGGCUACAGGAGGCGAAGAGGAGGGUGAGAAGCAUUUUGUCAUCCAAUCACGUACGACAUGA